AUGAAGGUUUCUUGCAGUACAAGCUUUGCGUUCUUGAUUCUCUUUCUCUUUGCAGUGCAAUCUAUGGUCGUCUACGCCGGUAGCUUCCACAAAGAUGUUCAGAUACAUUGGGGUGAUGGCCGUGGAAAAGUUCGUGAUAGAGAUGGAAAGCUUCUUUCUCUCUCGCUCGACAAAUCCUCUGGCUCGGGUUUUCAGUCACAUCAGGAGUUUCUCUAUGGCAAAGCCGAGGUUCAGAUGAAACUUGUCCCUGGUAACUCUGCUGGAACAGUUACGACAUUCUAUCUUAAAUCACCGGGAACUACGUGGGAUGAGAUUGAUUUCGAGUUCUUGGGAAACAUUAGUGGCCAUCCGUAUACUCUCCAUACCAAUGUCUACACAAGAGGCUCAGGAGAUAAAGAACAACAGUUUCAUCUAUGGUUCGACCCAACCGUCAACUUUCACACUUACUGCAUCACAUGGAACCCCCAAAGGAUUAUUUUUACAGUUGAUGGCAUUCCAAUUAGAGAGUUUAAGAACUCCGAGUCGACUGGAGUUCCGUUCCCAAAGAACCAACCAAUGAGGCUCUACGCAAGUCUUUGGGAAGCCGAGCAUUGGGCUACAAGGGGAGGAUUAGAGAAAACAGAUUGGACAAAAGCUCCUUUCACCGCAUUCUACAGAAACUACAAUGUGGAAGGAUGUGUAUGGGCUAAUGGAAGAUCAUCUUGCCCCGCGAAUUCUCCAUGGUUCGCUCAAAAACUCGACAAGGCAGGUGAGGAUAAAGUGAAAUGGGCGCAGAGUAAGUACAUGGUCUACAACUAUUGCACCGAUAAAAGAAGGUUUCCUCAAGGUGUUCCUAGAGUGUGCACUUAA